AGCGGCGUGGCGCGCGCAGGCGCGGAGCGGAGGCUGGUGCCGGGGACCAUGAGCGGCAGCGCCGAUCCCGACCCCGCGCCCGCGGCUCCGGCGGCUCCNGGUGAGUCGCGUUGGGGGCGGCGGGCGCUGGGCCCCGCGGGCCGCCCUGGGCCUCUGGCCCGGGGUGUCACGGGUCCCGCUGAGCGCGCUGUCCCGCGUUGCCGGCGCGGCCUGCGGGGUUCCUGGCGCUGACCGUGCUGUCCCGUAGUGCCGGUGUCCGCGGCCGUGGCCGCCCCCCCGGACGGGGCCAUGUCCAACGGCGUGUACGUGCCGCCCGCCGCCAACGGCGACGUGAAGCCCGUGGUGUCCACCACGCCGCUCGUGGACUUCCUCAUGCAGCUGGAGGACUACACGCCCACGAUCCCGGACGCCGUCACAGGGUAUUACCUGAACCGGGCAGGGUUUGAGGCCUCGGACCCCCGCAUAAUCCGCCUGAUCUCGCUGGCGGCACAGAAGUUCAUCUCAGACAUCGCCAACGACGCGCUGCAGCACUGCAAAAUGAAGGGCACGGCCUCGGGCAGCUCCCGCAGCAAGAGCAAGGACAAGAAGUACACGCUGACCAUGGAGGACCUGACGCCGGCGCUGGCCGAGUAUGGCAUCAAUGUGAAGAAGCCACAUUACUUCACGUAGAGCAUGGGGAGCUUGGGCAGUUUGCAGGGGUUGUGUUGGUGCCAUUAAACACCUCGCAGGGUUUUGUGGGAA